GGUUCUGGGGGCGGGUGCCACCGGCGCGGGGCGGGAGCGCGGCCGCGGGGACCCCGUCGGGCAGCGCAGGCCCUCGGUCCCCCGCGCGGCCUACUUAAUCGCGACCGUUGUUGGGCGGGCCUAACCUCCGGCCGGUGCGUGAGAGCGGUGACACUGCCCGUCACUGAGCGGGAGCCGAGCCCACAGUGGGAGAAUUCAAGGGAUGUGACACGAGGAUCGAACCCGACGGGGCCGAGCGGCGCCUCUCCGGACUCAGCAUGCUACAACGUAAGGGUCAUUCAUCUAAACAAGAUAACUUAGCAGUCACUGCAGUUGCUUUACAAGAUCACAUUUUACAUGACCUUCAGCUUCGAAAUCUUUCAAUAGCAGAUCCUUCCAAGACAAAGGCACAACAGAGAGACACCAGAUCCAAGUCUCUAAAAAGAAAUACAAGAGCAGUAAUAGAUACUGGCCUUAAAACAACGGUACAAGGCCCUAAAGUGGAAGAUCCAGAAAGAGAAUAUGUUCUUGAUCCAAAACCACCACCCUUAACUUUAGCUCAGAAGUUGGGCCUGUUUGAACCUCCCCCUUUGCCACUAUCAUCAGAGGAAUGGGAAAAAGUGAAACAAAGAUCCAUCAUGCAAGGGGACUCAACGCAGCCGUGCCCAAUAUGCAAAGAAGAAUUUGAACUUCGCCCCCAGGUGCUGCUUUCAUGUUCCCAUGUGUUUCACAGAGCAUGCCUCCAGGCUUUUGAAAAAUUCGCAAAUAAAAAAACCUGCCCCCUCUGUAGAAAGAACCAGUACCAAACCAGAGUGAUUCACGACGGAGCGCGGCUGUUCAAAGUAAAGUGUGCGACAAGGAUCCAGGCCUCCUGGAGGGGACACGUGGUGAGGAAGUGGUACCGAGACCUGAGGAGAACAGUGCCGCCCACGGACGCCAAGUUGAGGAGAAAAUUCUUUGAAGGAAAGGCCUGUUCGCUUACUGCCCUGCCCACGACCCAAGUGUGCACGGAGCUGCCUGUCCGCGAACGGUGAGAGGCGGCAUGUUUGAAGUCUAGAAGCUGGAGAGCCUACAGAGCCAACUGUGCAGGAAGUAUAUGCUGUCCUCAGGGAGAAAGUAAGUCUGCACUCGAUAGGAAAGGAAGGCAAAGAGGGAUUGCAGUGUGACAUUUGAGACACAAUAAAUGAGGAAGUGCCUGUUUCGUCUCAAGCUUCAAGAUCUCGCCGAGAUGGGUAUGCGUUUAAUACCGUGGAUUAGGUGAGCUCAGGUCAUUCUGGUUUUACAAACUGACCUCUCUUACCUGUAACAGAACCGCGGCCUCGCGUGCUCCUUCCUCUGUUGCGGGGGAUUAACGAGACCUCUCCUUUAGUUUCUGUGCACCAGUUGGGUGUUGACCGAUCAAUAAAGAGGUGGUCUUUCUACAAAUGUUAAUGCUUCCAUACGCUGAGAAUCCCUUUUUUUUGCAGAUUCGCCUUGCUUUAAAAAAAUAUCACCGGCACAUUCCCAACUGACCCAGAGCCAAGUGAUGUCGUGUUACAAUGUGGGCUCUUUUAAAUAGGUUGUGGAAAGAACGGAACGGAUCAAACGUUGGGUUUUGUCCCCGAGAGUGUCAGAGAAUGAAGCUGGCACCGCCGGGGACAGCGCAGCAGUCCUGGGGCUCUCUUGCAACAAGGCUCAGUGAACUCAGAUCAGAGCCGCCUGGAAAGGUCAGGAAAGCCGCUGUGCUCCUGUCCCCGGUGUGAACAGAAAGCCCCAGUGUUGCCCAGAAGGCAGUGGUUGGUCCUUGAGGCCUUUGAUCCUUAUCUAGAAAUUCUGCUAGCACAUGUCGUACAAUUGAGGGAUGGUCUUUUAUUGCUGCAAUUAAAACUUUUCAAAUGCAUUAUAUUAUCUCCACCCAAGCUAAAAGUCCUGACCGUUGUUUAAAAAAGUAAGCUUAGUGAUUUGUCAGAUGCUGUGGUUGACUUUGGGGGCUGCCCGCUCCCACACCCCCCUACAUGAGAUUUCCCUUACUUUUUUCAUUUACAUCUCACCAAACAGCAUAAUGGUCUUAAAGUUUGUUUAGUCCUGUGACUGCCUUUAUCACACGGAGACGGCAAACAUUCUGUUGCUAACUUGAAGUGGCUCCAAGCAGCAAGACUGGGAGGAUAUUAAACCAGUAAAAGCUUA